UAACAAACAGAAUGUUAUCUGCAAAUUUUCUCUUCUUCUUCUUUUUGUUGACAUAAUAAUUAAUCUUCAAACACACAGUGAUGGGGGAUCUCUACGCUCUGGAUUUUGAUGGGGUCCUCUGCGACAGCUGCGGAGAGAGCUCUCUUUCUGCUGUCAAGGCUGCUAAAGUAAGAUGGCCGAGUCUGUUCAGUGGGGUGGAAUCAUCUCUGGAGGAUUGGAUUGUUGAUCAGAUGCAUAUAGUUCGACCGGUGGUAGAAACUGGAUACGAAAAUGUAUUACUUGUGAGGUUGCUGCUGGAGACCCAAAUUCCUUCUAUUCGGAAGUCUUCAGUCGCAGAGGGACUUACGGUUGAGGGAAUAUUGGAGAAUUGGAUGAAAAUAAAACCUGUAAUUAUGGAAGAAUGGAAUGAGAAUAGGGAUGAGCUAAUCGAUCUCUUUGGAAAGGUGAGGGAUGAGUGGAUGGAUAAUGACUUGGCUACCUGGAUAGGUGCAAACAGAUUUUAUCCUGGUGUUCCUGAUGCCCUGAAGUUUGCUAGUUCAAAGCUCUAUAUUGUCACAACAAAACAGAGCCGUUUUGCAGAUGCUUUACUUCGAGAGCUUGCCGGAGUAACUAUUCCUCCUGAAAGAAUCUAUGGUCUGGGAACUGGUCCAAAAGUAAAGGUGCUGAAGCAACUCCAAGACAUGCCAGAACACCAGGGCCUAACCCUUCACUUUGUUGAAGACCGACUUGCGACUCUGAAGAAUGUCAUUAAAGAGGCAGAAUUGGACAAAUGGAACCUCUAUCUAGGGGAUUGGGGCUAUAACACUCAAAAAGAGAGACAGGAGGCUGCAAGCAUUUCCAGGAUUCGCCU